UGUCAAGUUGAUGCCUAUCAAAAGGAUGUACAGAAAGCCAAGAUAAUCUCCAACCCGUUAGCUGUGAUUGUACACAAACCUGUCAGCAAGAUGAGCCUGUACUCACCCACUUCUCGUCUGGAAACCACUGUCAACACUGAUGCUAAGCUUGAAUGCUCAGUCACGAGGACAACCACAGAUACCUCUCGUUUCACGAUAACAUGGAUGUUUGGGUCCCAGAUGCUGUUAACUAUGGACCUAGAUGCUGUUGUCAAGUUUGGCCCUGCAGCCGGCCUAGAGAUGGACCAGAGGAUCCGUAUGGAAAUAAGACAGAAACAGGACUUCCAGCUGAUUAUUCAACAGGUCAGAACAUCUGACAGUGGGCAAUAUCAUUGUGAGGUGGAAGAGUGGCUUCAGGAUCCUCUUGGUGACUGGUAUUCCCUAAAGAAAAUGUCUGUUUCCAAAGAGCUGGUUGUCAAAGAGAAAGCCAGUGAUUUCAAAAUGAAUAAAGCUAACACUCAGCUGAAGGUUGAAGAGGGAAAGCAGCUAAUGUUGAAAUGCUCAGUGGAGGAUAUUGGGUCUGAUUCCACUCUUCGUUACUCUCUUACCUGGAUGUUUAACCAAUAUGAGUCCUCCAGUGUGGCACUUCUGACCUAUAGCCAUGAUGGCCGUCUGAACUACAACAGCUUUGACUCAGAGCUUGAGGGACGACUCCACUUCUCCACCCCAGAAGUGGGUGUCUUUCACUUGACUAUCCAUAGAUCCAUCCAGGAAGACAGGGGGUGCUACUACUGUCAAGUUCAACAGUACCAGCUGGACUGUAAAGGCCAAUGGUCACCUAAGGCAGGCGACAAGUCAGGUUUUAACAAUGUUACUGUUCAGCUUAUAGAGAACAAUCUGCACGUUCAAAAGGAGGAACAAAGCCUGAACAUUAGCAAUCUACAAGCGGGGUUCACCAUUGACUGUGUCAUUGAAUCACGGUCCAGUGAUGCAUCUGUGUUUGAGGUGACUUGGUCCAGGGAUCAGAGAAAUGAAGGACUUGUCAUCAUCUUCAAUGCCAGCCGUGAUGGUACCUUACACAGUGCAAUCGAUAAUAAAGAUCUGGUGUUUGGACACCCAAGUGCCAUGCACUAUAAGCUGACAGUGCCAAACAUCAACCCCAGUGAUACUGGCCUUUACCACUGUCAGGUUGUUGAAUGGAUUCAGACAGCUGCAAACAAGUGGAGAAAGAUAGGUGAAGACAUGUCUGGGAAGAUAUCUGUCCAUGAGGACACAGAGGAAAGGCAAAAAAAUGUCAGCUUUGCCAUGGACAAGAAUGGCAAGCAUCUUUUCAUCAAGGAAGGAGAGCAGUUUGAUAUUGAAUGCUCCCUGGAUGUAGGAAAAGAGGACCCUACUCAUCACUACAGUCUCAGAUGGGUAUUUAAUAGACCAGAGUCAACUAGCGGGAUACCAUUAUUGUCCUACUCUUAUGAUGGUCGUCUACAGUACCAUACAGAGAAUCAGGACAGGUUACGCUUCUCUAGACCUACUUCUAAUACUUUCCAUCUGGCAGUAUUGAACUCUGAUAUAGCUGAUAGUGGAAGAUACCAGUGCAGAGUUGAGCAGUACCAGCUUGAUUGUGAGGGUCAGUGGAAACCAAUGGCACGUGACCAGUCAGGCUCAACUAUAGUCACAGUUCACAGUAUCGGUAAUACAACCAUUUACAUCUUGUCCAUGUUUAAUGUCUUAGUGCAGUCUAACUAUUGA